CCUAGUAGGUAGCCCUUUGUUACUAUCUGUUCUUGCAGAGCCUUCCGUCCCUAUCGUUGCUACUGAUCGAGUUUGCGGUAAACUUUGUGAAUCAAUCGCACGAGUGGAAAGGAAUGGGCAUUUCGACGAGCACCAGCGAGGCGCCGCUGCAACAACCCUCCUCCUCCUCCUCCUCCUCUUCCUCCUCAGUUUCUCCUCAUCCUCCGUCGCCGUCGCCGUCGCCGUCGCCGACGCCGUCGCCGACUCUCCAUCAGACGGACGCCGACGAAGAGGACGAGAACGUGAAGCAGCUCAAAGAGUGCUCCUCCAUCUACCUCUCUCUUCAGGAAUGCCUCGCUGAAACCAACAGGAACUGGAAGGCCUGCCAGCGAGGUACUUAA